AUGGACUUUGCAAAGUCGUUGCUGCAGCCCCUUUCGAGCAGCGCCGUUGGCUCAGGCGUGCUCGAUGCAACAAAGCUCGUCAUACUUGGAGGAACAGUUGAGACCGCUCGCAGGGCUGCAUCGUCGGGCUGGAACUCGUUUGUCAGCUCGUUCUAUUUGACCGCACAUUUUUGUGAAGAUGACUAUCCAUACGACUGGCUGCUCAAUUGGCUCAGUAAACAACCGGCCUGGAGCCGCUCACGGGAGUUCGAGGCGACAACGUCAACUGUGACUGCAACUGGACGUUCCAGUCAACGCACUGCUGGUGAUGAGGUGGAAGAGGACAUCGAAGAUGUUAUCGAGGAGGAUGACGGACGCCCCCGGCUCAAGGUCCAUUUCCAACCAACUCUCGAUACUACCCACACCAUCUAUUACAAGGGGCAUCUCCUCCGCAUUCGCCGAUCAAAGAAGACGGAUGGAAGCGAAUUGUCAAUGCUCACCAUCUCGGUUGUUGCUCGCUCGAAUGCGAUCCUCAAGCAGCUCGUCCUCCAGGCGAAGCGAGAGUACGAACAAGAGUGUGUCGAUAGAGUGCAGAUCUACUUCGCUGAUCAGCACGGCUCGUGGCGAUGGUCAGACAGCAGACACAAGCGACCGCUCUCUUCAAUUGUCCUCAACCCUGGGGUGAUAGAGAUGCUUGUGGCGGAUGCAAAGGACUUCCUUCGCAGCGAGAGAUGGUACGCGAGCCGCGGUAUUCCCUACCGUCGCGGUUAUCUUUUACACGGCACACCGGGAGCCGGAAAAAGCAGUCUUAUCCACGCUCUCGCCGGUGAAUUGGCGCUUGACGUUUACAUCGUGUCGCUGUCCGCCAGCUGGAUCAACGAUGCGUCGUUGACUUCACUUUUGGGUCGCAUUCCCGCCCGCUCCAUACUACUCUUGGAGGACAUUGAUGCGGCAUUUACCCGUUCGACCUCGCGCGAUAAGGAAUCUACUGGCGCUCCGUCCGCAACCAAGGAGACCAAGGACGCCGCAGGCCCAGAGACCAAGAAGGAGGCAGAAAAGGACGACUCGAAGCUGAGCCUGAGUGGCCUACUCAACGCAUUGGAUGGCAUGCAAGCGAGCGAAGCACGCCUCCUCUUCUGCACAACCAACCAUCUGGAGCGACUUGAUCCUGCACUCUCCCGUCCCGGUCGUAUGGAUGUCUGGAUUGAGUUCCGCAACGCGUCCAAAUUCCAAGCUGAAGGCUUAUUCCGCAACUUUUUCCCAGUUGCGGAGGAGUUUGAGGCGGAGAGUACGCCUUCGUCUUCUCUCUUCUCGAGCUACAACUCUUCGACUGCUGCAACACCUCCAACUGCUCCUACGACUCCUGCCCCUUCCACCCCUUCAACAUCGGCAACUCCAUCGGCAGAUGCAGCCCCGCAGUCGCUCAAGGAUGCUCUUCCAACCCUUGAAAGUGCUUCUUCUCUCGGUACGACCCUCCUGGAUGCUGCUCGCCUGUCCGAAUUGGCCAAGGCAUUUGCGGAGGCAGUACCAAACGAGGAAUUCUCGGUUGCAGAGCUGCAAGGAUUCUUGUUGAAGCACAAGUCGCGUCCAGAGGAGGCUGUGCGACAAGUCGGCCAAUGGGUUAUCAAAGAGCGUGAACUCCGUGAACGCUUGGCAAGGGAACGCGAAGAAAAGGAAGAAAAAGAGCGCGUCGCCAAAGAGAAGCGCCGCAAGGAGCGCGAAGAAAAGGCUCGCAAGGAAAAAGAGGAAGCAGAAGAGAAAGCGCGCAAGGAGAGAGAGGAAAAGGAGAAGAAGGAAAAAGAAGAAGCCGAAGAAAAAGCUCGCAAGGAAGCGGCCGAGAAGGAGAAAGUGUCGCCUCCUGCGUCGAGUGAGAGCGAGGCCGCGGCUGCUAAACCUAAGGACGACUGA